AGGGUUUCCCACGAUUUAUUGGUUGGUUCUCAUCAAUUUUUGGUGGGUUCCCAUAUUUUUUUGGUGCGUUCCCAUGAUUUUUUGGUCGUUUCCCAGAAUUUUUUGGUCCAAUUGUAUUGAUAUCCAAUCAGAAAAUACCAAUAAAUUAUGGGAACGAACCAAAAAUUUAUGGGAUACGACCAAAAAACCGUGGGAACACACCAAAAAAUCAUGGGAACUGACCAAUAAAUCGUGGGAAACCCUGUAAGAAAUAGACAGCCAAAGUGAUUAAAGUACCAAAAAAAAGUAUAGAAAAUCAUCAAGCAAUACAUACAGAUGAGCAACGCAAGAAGGGAAUGAUAAAACUAAAUAAAUAACAAUAUGACCAAAGAGCGUAAAUUGUAAAUUCCAAUAGGAAUUAGAGACCUUUCCUACCUUUACCAUUAGAAACGUGAUGCAAUUAUGUAUCGUCUCGCCAACCCAACCAUCCACAAAUCAAGUUCAUCAGUACAAAGCCACCUCUUGUAGCAAUGGUUUAAAAGUGCACCGCACGAUGCAGUUGAAGCAGCGGUGCAAGUGGAUUUGUGACAACGGAGACGACAUCCACAGCGUGCACAGCGUGCGGGCAGCGAAAAGCUCAUAUUACAUCCUUCAGCGGCCAACCCGCGGCUAACACCGCAAACGGAAGGCACACACUUAAAAAUAUUUCCCGACCUCGGUUAAAAAAACUGCCGAAAUCCGUCGGCUCUUUCGAUUCUUGCUGAUAUGUCAGUUGAAAAAACCCAGUAGCCGAAAAUCAGUACCAUUUAAAACUGAAAUAUCAGUUAAAUAAAUAUUUUAACCGAAACUCGGCAACACAACAUGCCGAGCACAUACGGUAACACAGCUGUCACCGAGCUUAUCUGUCAAAAUAACCGAGAUAUCGGUUUGAUACGUUUCAACCAUCUUGGUAGCCGUGACUCGGUUUUCGGUCUGUCAUUCGCCAUUGUGUUUACAGCGUGCUAGUGAAACGAAACAAUUUUGGAGUGGUUUUGUGAUUUGAAGUGCGAUAAAAGCGAAAAUGGAUGAGAUUCUGAACAUUCUGCAGGAAGAAGAUCUGCCGGUACCUGGUCUAAUUUGCUUCUUCUGUGGGGAAAAAGUGUUUGGCUAUGUAGAAGAACUUCAGCAUCAUACUAAUGCACAUAUUCGGCAAAAGCACUUUGAUCCGGAUCGUGUGUUUUAUGAUUGUAUGGUACCAAAAUGUCGAUCGACAUAUAACCAUUUCAAAUCAUUAAAAAGGCACAUAUUGCAACAACACCCACGUUCGCCCAAAACACCCGGUGCUAAAAGAGCUAUCGGAGAAAGGCUCAAUGAGAUCCCAGACGAACCCGUAACAAAAAAAUCAAACCACAUUGAUAUGGAAACUGAUUUUGACACCAAUUCAUUUCCGGCAACUGAAGAAAAUUUUGCAUUUUUUGAAGAAACAAUCACUUUGGAACAAAUUAAAAAAAGCGUCGCUCUGGGUAUUUGCAGAUUGACGGCAGAUGUUUCGCUUCCUCAAACCAAAAUUUCGCAAAUGAUAAAACUUUGCGAACACCUAGUAAAAAUGCUUGGUGUUUACUUCGAAGAAAAAACAAAGUCAUUUUUAACGGAACGUAAAACUGAUUUAGCUGCUCCAGAAACUAUAAACUUUUUAAACAAGUUCCACGUAGAAGAUUUGUUUUCGGAAGUAUCAACGCGUUCAAAACAAACACAGUUUUUAAACAAUUUGGCAGUUAGUAUUCCAAGACCAGUAGAAAAAUUGCUUCAAACACGAGAAGAUAUUCGGCAUAUUGAUGGUAUACCAACAAAAGUAAUAGUUAACGAAACCUUCAUGUAUAUACCCAUCACUGAGACCUUGAAGCUAAUUUUCAGAAAUCCCCAAAACAGAGAAUUAAUGACAGAUAAUUUGCCGCCAUACCCAACCCUCAAAGAAUACUCUAGUUUCCGAUCAGGAGAAACAUACCAAAACAGUGAAUAUUUUAAAAAAUUCCCCGACGCCAUACGAAUAAACCUUUAUCAAGACGACGUGGAACUCGGAAAUGCAUUGAGCUCUAGAGCAGGUAUUAACAAAGUAUCGGUGUUCGAUUUUAAAAUAGAAAAUUUUCCAAACAGGUGGAAUAGUUCUCCGAAAACAAUAUUUCCACUGAUCUAUUGCACUUCUAUAGACUCCAAAAAGCAUGGCUUUAACAAGAUCUUGGAACCUCUAAUUCAUGACCUCCGAAAACUGGAACACGGAGUAGACGUUUUCUACGGAACAGAAAAAUAUACUAUUCGAGCAGUGGUAACGAUGUUCUGCGGUGAUACACUGGCUGUACAUGAGGUUUUCGGACUAAUGGGACCCAUGGCAAAGUUCUUUUGCAGACUUUGCACUAUACCAAGACCAGCAUUUCACCAGAAUCCGUUCCAAAAUUUUCCCAUGCGUACGACAGAGUGGUAUGAAUUCAACUUGGAGAAAGUUAAUUCAGGAGCUAUGAAGCCUUCAGAUUGUGGAUUGAAACGUGGUAAUUGCAUAUUAAAUGAGCUACAAUACUAUCACAUUACACAAAAUUUUGCUUUGGAUACUAUGCAUGACAUAGCGGAAGGAUUGGUGCCAAUAACUAUACAGCUAGUACUAGGUCACUAUCACAAAAUUAAGUCGUUGGGUUUCAGUGCAUCAUUCAUCAAUGAUCGUAUACAUUUAUUUGCCUAUGGAUACAUCGACAAAAAGAAUAGACCAUCGGCGAACUUUACUGAUGAAAUGCUAUCUAAACCCAGUAGUUACAAACUCAAACAGACUGCAUCACAAAACCUGCUACUACUACGUUCUUUUCCUUUUUUGUUUGCUGACAAAGUUCCCGCUAAUUGCGAGUAUAUGCGUAUGAUCGGUCAUUUGUUGAAUAUAACUCGUAUUUUGAUGUCUACAAUAAUAUCUGACCAUAUGUUAGUAUCAUUAGAAGAACUUAUUCGGUUGUAUGAGGAGUCAUUUUACAAAAAAUUUCAACGAAGACUUAACAAAAAUCACCACCUAGACCAUUACAUCCAGUGUAUUAAAAAGAGCGGAAAUAUGAAACAGUAUAAUUGUUUAGUGUUCGAGCAAAAGAACAAACCAAACAAAAAUCAAUCAUCAACUUGCAGAAAUUUUAAAAAUAUUUGCAAAAGCUUAGCACAACGACAAUGCUUUACAAUGGCCAUAGAUAUGCUAGAUAAUCCGUUUACUGAUAAUAUUACAUAUUACGGAGGAAACUUAGUUAAGCGAGAACAUUGUAACAGUGUUUGCUUCAUAGAUUUGUGUGUUCCACAUGUUUUUGUACCCAACAAAGCAACAGUAAAUGGGAUCGACUUCAGAAAAAACUUGCUAGUGUGCAUAAAAAACCACGAAAAUGAAUAUUAUCCGUCGUAUGGUAUUAUUGUCGAGAUAGUGGUUAUGAACAGUGCUAUGUUUUUGCUGAUUAAAUUAUGCAAAACUAUCGGAUAUAAUGAUUGUCUAGAAGCGUACGAAGUUGCAGUAGGACCAACUGAAACAUUUGUUUCGUUUGAAGAAAUCCAUUCGCAUACUACCUUUGCCUUCUGGUCACCAUUUGGAAGUGAUAAAAAAUAUGUCUCCCGAAGGAACUAUUGCCAGGAUUAUUGACAAGCGUAAUAUUAUAUUACAUACUUAAUAGGUUAGAUUGGAAAAUAGGAAAGAUAGGUUGUAACUGAUUAAACAUUUCUUACAGUAAAAGAAGAAAUAACGGACUUGGACACCUUCUUAUCCCUGGACAACAAUGAUUUCACUAGACUACAGUUAACGACAAAAAUGAUAAAAAUAAUUCAAAAAUAUCAAAAACAGUAUGGAGUUACAAUUGACAUUACAACGACU